UGUGGUGUCGUCAAGCAUAACUAGAUGCUUCCGGGUUGUGCGGCGCUCAUCAUAUGUCGUACCCUAGCGAAACCGUAAGAUCGGCCCUACCGCAUGACGGAAUCACAGCCGACGAGGGAUCCCGGUUCUACGUGAAGCGGCGCGUGUUGCUCGGGAAUGCGUCGAGGUUUAUUCCACCAGAUCAGCGCGAGACAGGAAUGGAGAAAUACCUCUUCCGCUGGAAAGUCUACCUCCAAGGCCCGCCCGAGACACCCGACAUAACCCCCUUCAUCCGCAAAGUGCGCUUCUACCUCCAUCCCGACUACCGGCCCUACGACGUCGUGGAAGUGUCCGACCCGCCAUUCCACCUGACCCGAUACGGGUGGGGCGAGUUCCCUGUCCGUGUGCAGCUGUAUUUUGGGGAUGAGAGGAAUAAACCUGUUAAUCUUAUCCAUGUGCUUAAGUUGGAUCAAAUCAAGACGGGACGACAAUUGGUCGGCGCGGAACGCUUCAUUGAUCUGGAACUGGACCGAAAUACCGUGUUUGGCGAGUCCCGCGAGCCCGCGAAACCUGUUGCUGGAGUCGAGCCACCAGAUAAAGAGAAAGAAGAAACCGCGGCAGCGGCAGAUAACGCGGCCGCAGAGCAGAAGCGGGUGGAUAAGAUCUUGGCGGAUUUGGCAGGGAGGUGGCCUAUCAUCCGUGCGGCUGGGACAGGGAGCUUUUUGCCGUAUUCAACCGCCAAAUCGAUUGCGGCGUAUAUGGCGUGGCCGUUAGGAAAACGGAAAGCUACUGAGUUCCAACGCGCCAAACAAAUCCUCCAAUCCGCCCAAUCCCACACGGCCGCCCUCCCUCUCCUCCAAAACCUAACCCUAAAAGACAUCCUUAAAUGGUGCAUCGACACCAACCGGACACCCACAUCCCGUAAACCUACCUCCUCCUCCGCAUCAUCAACAACAAAACCAGCCACAACGAAGAAAUGCGUGGAAUACUGCAGAUACUGCGGGAUAGCGGGCGCCCAUGAUGGGGAUGAUGCGGUGUGUAUGCGGCGACCCACGAUGUGGAAGGGGAGGGUGUGGAGUUUGGCGCCGGCGGGGUUGGAGGGGGUUGUUAAGGGGGAGGGUAUAAAUACGGGAGAUAUUAACGUCCACAACCUCUCCGACCCGACUAACAUCAUAUCAUCGACAUCUUACGACUGGAGCAACACCCCGCACCCAACCGCUACGGACUCGGAACUCGCGUGGGUGACGCAGACGGUGGCGCAGCUGAGAUUGCCGGGUUGGCCAGGGAAUAGGGGGAGGGUGGAGGGUUUGAAUUACGAUGGCGGGGCUGCUGGGGUUGUUUUUGAGGCUGUCAGGUCGUUUACGAGGCGGUUGAUUGAGUGUGCUGUGGAGGAGUAUCGGCGGGAUGAGGAAACGGAUGCGGCCACUCCGAUGGAUAAGCUUGACGGGGGAAUAUUAUCACCGCAUACAUCCCUCCCACGGAUUGAGGGAGCGCAGACGACACAACCAUUCAAGGAGGAAAACCCGGCACUCGCCUCACAAACAGAAGCACAAGCACAACCAGAUACACAAACACUCCCCGCACAACCACCCACGUCGACACCACUCGCACCCGCUCCAGCAACCGCGGCAGACCCCACCACACCCACAACCGCCACCGCGAAACCAACAACUAACCCCUUCUCCCGCCUCCUCGUACCCUUCCACGUCUACAGAGGAAUCAUGAAGACUGAGGAGAUGGACUUCCUGACAGGCGCGGGUUUGGCGGGGGAGUAAGGCUCGGGAUGGGUGAGAUGGAGGGACGGACUUUUGCAUCUUGAAUUACACAUGCUAUGCGUUUUUGGAGAGGACGACAACAGUGUCUUCGAG